AUGGCUGCCGCGAAGAGCCUCUCUAUGAUCUCCGACCCAUCCUCUCUGAGCUGGAAAGCAAGUCGGAGUCACUCUCAGCUUGAAACCAAUCAAAGAACGGAUGGCCUCGUUGCGAUCGCGCUAACCAAGACCCUGCACACGACACGGCGAGCAAUGGCUUCCAAUUUGGGCAAGGUCGGUGUGAAGCGAAUCGCAAACGGUAGGCGCAAGGACUAUCUGGAGACGUUGACGGGGGACGCUUCCGCCUCUGUGAAAGGACCGCGGGAACUAGCUUCAGGUUCUGCGGUGUAA